AUGUCGGCCAAUGAGAUCAACGGUGCCAUGUGGGAGCAUCGAACGAACCCCGGGAACCCCCUGAGUCCGGCAGCGUGGAAUGGCUCCAGUCGACAGCAGAGGACAAGCAGCGGUUUCCCCUCACCCAUCCCGUUGGAAUGUGAAAAUCUUCCUUUUGUCUCCCAGGACGAAGAGGGGUUGAACAAACAAAACAAAUCGGGGGGUCACCUAUUUCCGCCCUUUGUCACGCUCAUUCCCGCAAGUUACCUUUGA